AUGGAGGAGGAAACUCCAAACAGGAAAAGGGGGCGCUCCCAAUUUUCAGAAGGCCAGAGGCAGCAGACACAACAAGCAACAACCCCAAAAAAAGAAUUCAAAAUAGCACCAGUUAUCGUUAAAGGCAUUCCAAAUGUAAAUAAAAUACUAUUAAAUAAAAUUCUGAAAAAUAAAACGGCUUACACAAAAAUCGAGAACAUAUUCAAAAAUAAACAUAAUUUAUUUAUUAUCCAACCAUCAGAUACAAAAACAUAUAAUCAACUAUUAAUAGCUUUUCCGACGAAUUUAGUUCCAAGUGAAAAACAUGGUAUUCAAGUCUAUGCCCCAAGUAACAUCAAAUCAGUGUUGGAUACAGAAAAAGUUGCCUUUAUAAAACAUGUUGACCAAGAUUUUUCAGUUGACAAAAUCAAGCAUGCAUUAACAAUAAAUGGUUUUAAAUUUGACAAUGCUGAACGCAUUUAUGUUAGAAAAGAUAAUAAACCAACAAAAACAAUAAAAGUUAUUUUUGUUGAUAAAUUAAACUGUGAAACAUUUUUAAAAACCGGAUUAAAAAUUGAUUAUUUGCAUUAUGAUGCUGAACCGGCUAAACCAAAUACACAACCCGUACAGUGCUACAAAUGUUGUAAAUUUGGACAUCCAGCAAAAUAUUGCAAAAAUGUUGAAAUAUGUAAUAAAUGUAGUAGUCCACAUGCAGCAAACAUUUGUACAAGUACAGAUGUUAAAUGCAUAAAUUGUGGCGAACAACAUAUGCAACAUCAAAACAGUGUAAAGAAUAUUUAA